AUGGUCACUGGUGGGGAUGGAGGAGCGAUAGCCACCCGAGAGACCCCUCCCAUACCUGGGCUAUACGUCUUUGCGGAAGGAUUGCCUUACGGCGUCGCAGAAGCGGCACUGGGUGGCAUCGCUGAGGAUGACCUCUUCUCAGGCGGCAAGCGCGACCAGGUCAUGCUGUUCGACAGACAUAUCGAGGACAAAGACUACGAUCCCAUCCUGGAUGACCGCGAGUCCAGCCUUCCGCCAUACAUCCUCGCCCUCCUCACCGAGGUUGACAAGAUGAUCUCUCCUCAGCUCCCGCAAUCCGUCGCCACGGCCAUAUUUGACCAGUCACUCUCCAGACAGGUCAUUAUCAACCUCUACCCACCAGGCGAGGGGAUCAGCCCUCAUAUCGACCUUCCACACCGGUACGCGGAUGGCAUCCUAGGCGUGUCUCUCUGCGGUGGAUGUGCCAUGACGCUGCGGCAUGCUCGGACAGGAGAGGAGCAUCACGUCUACCUCCCCUCUGGAUCGGUCUACUGCUUGACGGGCGAGGCGAGAUGGGAAUGGAGUCAUGGGAUCGAGGGCGGGAUGGUGGAUGUCGUGCAGGACAUGCAGGGUAGGCGGACGACGUUGAUGAGGGAGCUCAGGGUCAGCGUGACCUUCAGGUGGAUGACAGAAGGGGCAGACGAGCUGGUCGAGCUAGCCAGCUAG